UCCACGUGACCCUAUUAUAAAGAUGGCGUUUAUUAAAGAGGAGAUUGAAGACCUGAAGAUUGAAGAAACAUUCACACAUGAAGAUCUUGCCGAACAAACAGACCUGAUGCCUGUGAAAGAAGAAGAGAUUCAAGACUUGAACAUCAUCAAGGUGGAAAUCGAUCUAGAUGAGAAGCAUCACGAAUUCAUGUCUGGAGAAAAAAAUAGCAUCUCCCAAACUGAAAAUACGUUUUCGGAGGAAGAAGCUGGAAGUACAUUUCAUAGUUCACAUAGCAGUAAUUUCAACUUGCAAACAAUUCACACUGCAGAGAAGACUUUCAGCUGCCAACAGUGUGGAAAGAGUUUCAAUAAAAAAGGAAACCUCAAAGUCCACAUGACGAUUCACACCGGAGAGAAGAAUUUCAGCUGCCAACAGUGUGGAAAGAGAUUCAAUCAACAAGGCAGCCUUAACGUCCACAUGAGAGUUCACACUGGAGAAAAACUAUUCACUUGCCAGCAGUGCGGGAAGAAUUUCAGUCAAAGGGGAAACCUUAUUAACCACAUGGUCGUGCACAACAGCGAGAAUACAUUCACCUGCCAACAAUGUGGAAAGAGCUUCAAUCGGAAAGGAAACCUGAAAGUCCACAUGAGAGUUCACACUGGGGAAAAGCCUUUCACCUGCCAACAGUGUGGAAUAAGUUUUGCCCAAAAAGGAGGUAUUGACGAACACAUGAGACUUCACACUGGAGUGAAGACCUUCAUCUGUCCGGAGUGUGGAGUAAGUUUCACUCGAAAAGGAAACCUGAAAGUCCACAUGAGAAUUCACACUGGAGAAAACCCUUACACCUGCCAACAGUGUGGGAUGAGCUUCAUUUUAAAAGCGACCCUUAAAAGACACAUACGAACGCAACAUGUAGAAAGCGGUUCACCUGCUAGCACCGCGGAAAGACAUUCACCCAAUAAGAAAACCUUAGAAACUACAUGAGAAUUCACGCUAGAUAGAAGAGAUUGGCUUGCCAACAGUGUGGAAACAUAUUAGAUCAUAUUAGCGCAUGACACACACUAAUGGAUACUUGCACACACACACUUUUAUUCAGAUUUAUAAAGCAGUCUCUCUUUCCUAAAGGAAAUAAAAAUGUAUUCAAAUCACAGUACUGCAAAUAAGCUAAGCUUCAGAUCAGGGGUGUCCAAACUCAGUCCUGAAGGGCCGGCGUCCUGCAGUUUACUUGGAACUAAACUUUGCAGGACACCGGUCCUCCAGGACCGAGUUUGGGAUGUAGAUUUUGGGAUGUAGAUUGAAAUAACAAGAUGAAAUACACAUUUAGCUAGCAAAAUCUUAAGAUUUGGCUUGUCGAUUCUUCGUGUUCCCUUGUGCACUGCAAUCUCUAUUGUUUACAAGAUGUCUUUGCAAUGGCCAACAUCACCAAAAUACUUCUAAUAUCUGUGCUAAUGUAACAUGUAAACCAGGGGUGGUCAACCCUGUUCCUGGAGAUCUACAUUCCUACAGAUUUAAGUUGCAACCCAUAUCAUAAACACACCUGCCUGUAAUUAUCAAGAGCAGUUCAGUUCCUAAUUAAUUGGAUGUGUGUUUGAUCAGGGUUGGAGCUGAACUCUGUAGGAAGGUAGAGCUCCGGCAACAGGGUCGAGCAUCUCUGAUGUAAACUAAUACAGACAAUCAUUCCUUAGUUUUAGAACAUAUAUUGUUGACAGCCAACCAGAACCCUUUCUGAGGCUUCUGAUAGGCCAACAUGACUUUUACAGUCAGGAAUAUAUUUCCUACUGUUGCUUUGGCAUGCUCUUGACUAGGGGUGUCCAAACUUAUUCCUGGAGGGCUGGUGUCCUGCAUAGUUUACCGCCAACUUACUUCAACACACUUGCCUAAAAGG